AGGCAAAGUUACAGAGAGAAAAGGGGAUCAUUACCCACUGGUUCAUACUCCGAAAUAUUUAGGGGCUGAAACAGCCAAAGCCAGGUGCCAGGAACCUGGGUGGAAGGACCCAAAGAUGUGGGGUAUCCUGCACUACUUUCCCAGGCACAUUAACAGGAGCUGAAUCAAAAGUAGAGCAGCACCCAUUUGGGAUACUGGCACUGCAGGUGACAGUCUAACUUGCUGUGCAGCUCUGACCCUGAUGGAACUUUCUUAAUACCUCUUAGUAGACAUUCUGAUAAGCAAAAUUUCUGACUUCAGUUCUGAGAUAAACUAAAAAAAAAAUGCUUACGAUAUGUGGUGGACCAAAGUAAUAUGACUGAUAGAUAAGCAAAUGCAUUUUAUAAAUUAAAAAAGCAUUUUCUGAAGUAUUUCGUACAUGCAUUAAAAUCAGUGCUACCUAAGUCCUAAAAGAGAUUUUAGGUAGAAGUGUGCUCUGGUAGUAUUGAAAAGUAAGACUGCCAAUUAGAAAUUACUAACAGCAUUUUUAAAAUGUGAAAAUAGCGUUAUUGUUGCUAUGAUUGUACAUAUAAUCCUAGUUGAAAAAUUAUUUCCUAUUCUCUAAGCCUGUUUUGUUGUAGAUAAAGUGCAGUGGAGAGUUGUCAAGGUUAACUUUCUGACAAGACCUUUGUUGACAGUCUCGUUUUGUGCAACUUUCUGACAGGAGCGCACCUCCCAGUCACCUAGGAUCUCCAGAGUGAAGCUCCCUGUGGGCAGGAUCCGACCUUGGCAAGACUAUGGAGCAGUACACAACAAAUAGCAAUAGUUCAACCGAGCAGAUUGUUGUGCAGGCUGGACAGAUUCAGCAGCAGCAGGGUGGUGUCACUGCUGUCCAGUUGCAGACUGAGGCCCAGGUGGCAUCGGCCUCAGGCCAGCAAGUCCAGACCCUCCAGGUAGUCCAGGGGCAGCCAUUAAUGGUACAGGUCAGCGGAGGCCAGUUAAUCACAUCAACUGGCCAGCCCAUCAUGGUCCAGGCCGUCCCUGGUGGACAAGGUCAAACCAUCAUGCAAGUGCCUGUGUCUGGAACACAGGGUUUGCAGCAGAUCCAGUUGGUUCCUCCUGGACAGAUCCAGAUCCAAGGUGGGCAGGCUGUGCAGGUGCAGGGCCAGCAGGGCCAGACUCAGCAGAUCAUCAUCCAACAGCCCCAGACGGCUGUCACCGCUGGGCAGACUCAGACACAGCAACAGAUUGCCGUCCAGGGGCAGCAAGUGGCACAGACUGCUGAAGGACAGACCAUCGUCUAUCAGCCAGUUAAUGCAGAUGGCACCAUUCUCCAGCAAGUUACAGUCCCUGUUUCAGGCAUGAUCACCAUCCCAGCAGCCAGUUUGGCAGGAGCACAGAUUGUUCAGACAGGAGCCAAUACCAACACAACCAGCAGUGGGCAAGGGACUGUCACUGUUACCCUGCCAGUGGCCGGCAACGUGGUCAACUCGGGAGGGAUGGUCAUGAUGGUGCCUGGAGCUGGUUCUGUGCCUGCCAUCCAAAGAAUCCCUCUGCCCGGUGCGGAAAUGCUUGAGGAAGAGCCUCUCUAUGUGAAUGCCAAACAGUAUCACCGUAUUCUUAAGAGGAGGCAAGCCCGAGCUAAGCUAGAGGCAGAAGGAAAGAUUCCAAAGGAAAGGAGGAAAUACCUGCAUGAGUCUCGGCACCGUCACGCUAUGGCUCGGAAACGGGGUGAGGGUGGACGAUUUUUCUCUCCAAAGGAAAAGGAUAGUCCUCAUAUGCAAGAUCCAAACCAAGCUGAUGAGGAAGCAAUGACACAGAUCAUCCGAGUGUCCUAACCCCAGACCACGUGACAGAGCUGAUCACAGUCGGGUUCCUCACCGCUGUUCCAGGAAAUUGAUCAACUCUUCCAGUGGGACACUGAUGAUUGAUGAUGACAUUCUGCCCUUUUCUACAGGACAGAAACCACUUAGUUUUUUAAUAAGUGGCUCAGUAUUAUAUUUGCAGCAGUGGUGUCUGGCAAAUUGAAGUUGCAAGCCUUUUGUCCACCCUUCCAGUCAAGACCUAUCUCAGAUCAUCGAUAACAUUGACAUUACAUGGAUUAAAAGGAUGCAAGGAGACACAUGCCAGCCCAGCAGUACACAAAGCACUUACGUUAACUGGUGAAGCCAGCCAGCCAUCUCCACAAGGGAGAAUAACCUUCUCGACCUAGACUGCACUCAGGGAGGGGCAGUGCACAGCUUUCCAUGGAAUCUGGACAGCAUCCAUAUCCCUGCUGGGGAAACGCAGGCUGACUCACUGAAUAGACUCUUUGUAUUCAGAGAUGGCUUCCAGGCGAGGAAGUUCUUUCCAUCUUGUGAUAUGGAAACAAUAAAUUCCCUGACACACGUUCAUCUGAUCUGUGGUAAUAAUAAGAAUCUGUCUGUACAGAUGGCAGGUUGAUAUUUUUGGACUCCAGCCAAAAAAUGGCUUAAUUCUGGGAAUAAAGGAAUAGAAGACUCAAGCACUAACAAUACACAUUGUUGAAUCUCUUUGUAGCUUUGACAAGUUUUGGGAUGCUUGUCCCUCUGUUGACAGGUCAUCUGGACCAUAGUUCCUGCUGUGGCUGCUUUUAAGACAAAUUCAAGGGUAUCAAGCCUUAAAACUGCCUUUACUAAGUAAAGAACAAAGCUCUUCAACACCGUCUGUGCUGAGGCACUGAGGACACUGGCAGUGAUUCCUAAGUGGGGAGCCAGGCCAGGGACUGGGGAGUUUGGAGAUUCGUGUGUGUUUGGAAGGAGACAGGCAACCGGUAGUAGCUAUCCCAUGUUUUGUUUCAGAGUG